CCCCGGCCACCUGCCAGGUGUUCCCCUAAAUAUGAACGCUCACACGGAGAUUCACUUCCUGUUUGUGCGCUGGAGGCAGAGAGAAGCUUCAAAAGCAGCUCAGUGCAGCGGCAGCAGCUCUCUGUGCACUUGGGUGGAGAUGUGGCGCUCGGUGCUGCCCCUGCUGGUCGGCGUGAGUCUGUUCCUGCUGCAGCUUCCUGACUACAGCUCCACACAGGAAGCUCUCUGGCAGGACUACAAACAUGGCCUCCGAGGCUCCGAGGCGCACGACAAGAAGCAUUUCUGCACCUGGAACUGUCUCCUGUUCACCCUGCAGUGGCCCGGAGCCUUCUGCCAGUCUCUGGACGAAAGGAAACUCUGCUCGAUUCCUCAAAGCAUCAACAAGUGGACGAUUCACGGCCUUUGGCCUGUUAAGGUGUUUCAUUGCUGUAAGUGCUGGCCCAUGUUCGAAUCCGACGUCCAGGAGCUGGAUGCAGAGCUGAAGGAACACUGGCCGUCUCUACUGAAGGACCAACCCAGCUUCCACUUCUGGAGACAGGAGUGGGAGAAACACGGCGUCUGUGCAGCUUGUGUUGAAGGGAUGAACUCUCCAUUCAGAUACUUCCAGAUCUGCCUCAAACUACGACAACAGUUUGACAUCCAAAAGCUGCUGGAGGACGCUGGUGUGACUCCAUCCUGUGAUCGACCGUUCAAGCUCGUGGAGGUUCAGCAGGUCCUGGCUCAACAUCUGGGAGACAAACAUGAGAUCCAGUGCGUUACGGACCCAAAGGGCCGGGAGGUGUGGUUUCAGGUGAAGAUCCCUCUGUCUCACAACCUCACCGUGGGCUGCGAUCACCACGCCGACGGGGGCCCGGGAUGGAACUCCUCCCACGGCCACCCCUGCCCCCCCCAGGCGCCGCUCUACUACUUCCCCAUCGACCACCAGCAGCCUCAGCGGCCCUGCGGCUGACGGCAGCUCAGCGAUGUGUGGAAUCGAACUCACGGCUCAACACAUGACUAAUAAAUACCUUUAAAGGA